AUGUCAAAAGAAGAGGACAAUACGGUGUUUCAAGACGCUACCAACGAAGAUGUUCGUCUGGGGAACCUGGGUUAUGAGCAAGAGCUCAAGCGGUCAUUUGGCCUACUUAGUAUGAUUGGCUUCAGUUUCAGUGUCGUGACAUCAUGGACUGCUCUGAGCGGUGUUUUCAUCGUCGGCGUGACGUCGGGUGGUCCGCCAGUGAUGGUGUUUAGUUUCAUCGGUGUUAGUAUUCUGACUCUUGCGGUUGCCAUACCCAUGGCCGAAAUGUGCUCCAUGUACCCCGUGGCAGGAGGCCAAUAUUCCUGGGUUGCUGCUCUCGCUCCUCCACGAAUCGCUCGAGGUCUUUCCUAUGUGACUGGCUGGUUCAUGAUCAUCGGUAUCUUGGCAAUGGGUGCUACAAACAAUUCCAUCGCAUCGAACUUCGUGCUGGGAAUGGCAAAUCUGGUCUUUCCGGAAUACGAAAUCCAGAGAUGGCAAACGGUCUUGGUCGCCUACCUGGUCGCUCUUCUAUCGACCGCCGUCAACCUUUGGUGCUCCCAUCUGCUGCACAAGAUCUCAAAGUUUAUUUUGAUUUGGAACGUCGGUUCUUUCAUCAUUAUCACCAUCACACUUCUCGCCACGAACGAUCACCUGCAGCCCGCGUCCUUUGUAUUCCAAGAAUUUGAGAACUCGACUGGCUGGGGUACUGGGAUGGCUGCAAUUAUUGGUAUCCUGCAGGCAUGCUUUGGAAUGUGCUGCUACGAUGCACCUUCGCACAUGACCGAAGAAAUGAAGUACGCCUCUAAGGAGGCUCCUAAGGCCAUUGUGAUGGCUGUGGUUCUGGGUGCCGUCACUGGGUUUGCCUUCCUUCUUACUCUAUGCUUCUGCAUCGGGGACAUCACGCAGACCGCCGAAAGUAGCACCGGUGUCCCGGUCAUCCAAAUUAUCUAUGACUCGACCGGAAACAAGGCCGCCACUUGUAUCUUGUCUAGCAUGAUUGCCGUGAUUGUCCUUGUGGCUGGUAACAACAUUCUGGCUGAAGGAUCUCGUUCCGUCUACGCUUUUGCGCGUGACAAUGGCCUUCCUUUCUCGAAGGUCUUCAGCAAGGUUGACAGCAAGACCCAAGUUCCCGUCAAUGCUGUCAUCCUUACACUUGUUGUGCAGUUGGCUCUGGACGCCAUUGAGUUCGGCACAACAACUGGCUUCGAGACCGUCAUUUCCAUUUCGACGGAAGGCUUCUAUCUUUCCUAUGCGAUGGCUCUUGGGGCCCGACUGCUUGGCUACUACACCGGUCACGUCACCAAGCUCACCGGUCCCUACUCAUUCUCGACACCGGUGUCGAUCGGGCUCAACAUUGUGGGACUGCUGUUCCUGCUGUUCGCAGCCAUCACCUUCAACUUCCCUAGCACAGCCCCCGUCAACCACGAAUCGAUGAAUUACACUAGUGCUGCUAUUGGCGUGAUCGCACUUGUCAGCCUCAUCACAUGGGUGACAACUGGCCGUAAGCAAUUUACUGGACCCGGCGCUAUCAGCUUUUCGAGCGGAAAUAACACUGCUCAAAAAACUUCCGAAGUGGCUGAAACAGAGGUGGAAGAGAAAAAGACCUGA